CAAAGAUAUCAUUGUUCCACCGUUCCUUAUAGAGCCAGUUAUCUGGCAUCCCCCAGCACUGACUUGGGAGCAACUCCAGAGCCUCCGCCAUGAUGCUGGUGGUCCUGCUCGCAAUGGCCUUGCUGGCCCUGACCUCAGCUCAACGCCCAAGUGAAGACUUUGUUGUUUCCAACCGCUUCACCAGAGAGAGACAACCCUCUCCAGGAAACUCCCAAGGAGUAUCUGCUGAUAGUCAAACCCCUGACCCUCAAAACACAGGGGAAUACCAACAAACAAAGAUUCGGCGGCCACCACAGCCAUCACAACAGCUUCAGCUUCAGCGGCCAGCUCAGAGGCCAAAACCGCCUCAGACGCCACCACAGCAGUCACAACAGCCUCAGUUGCCUGUGCAGCAGCAGGGACAGUUGCCUGUGCAGCAGCAGGAACAAUUGCCUGUGCAGCAGCAGGAACAAUUGCCUGUGCAGCAGCAGGAACAAUUGCCUGUGCAGCAGCAGGAACAAUUGCCUGUGCAGCAGCAGGGACAAUUGCCUGUGCAGCAGCAGAGACAAGAGCCACAACGAAACAGGUUCCCUCGGCAGGCACAAAGGGCUUAGAGAUAUUCCCAAGGCCGGUUUCAUCUGUAAUCAAGAAAGCAUUGUCAGAAAGUGAAUGAAAGCAUCAUGAGCUAAGAAGAUUAUCAUGUAAGAACAAUGUAAUUAUAUCUUUAUCUUCACUCUACCAAUAAAAUAAUGAGCAUGCAAA